AUGACAACAACCUACACCUACUACAAUGAAAAUGCCUUACUGAACUACUGGGAACCUCACACCAGUACCUACAACUACGCUGAUGUUAACCUCAAUGCAUUUUACUAUCAAUCUCAACAAAAAGAUAAGAAAGCUACUGAAGACAAAAUGGCCAGCAAAGUGUUAAAGACUGUAGAAGAUAUUCAAAUGGCACAAAUUCAGAGGAAUGAAGAGUUAGUACAGAUGUUGUCGCCUAUUAGGAAGUGUCAGGUAAGAGAGAAAUUUAGCGAACGUAUGAGUAGUAGUGAAAAAAAUUUUUUUAAUGGCCAAUUCAAAAAAAAUUAUUUUUUACCUAGCCGAAAGGUGACCUACAAGACACACCUUUGGGGCAGGCUGGGCCAGACAAACCAAAAUUUGAAACGGUCCAGAGCAAGCCGAAAAUUUGAACUCAUUCUCAUGUGUAUAAGCCUAGCCUCCCCCCCGAAAAAUAUUUUUUCAUUACACCACCCACCUGAAAAGAGACCCACUAGGCCCAGCAACAACCCCAGUUCUGGGUCAGGCCGAAGAAAACAUUAAAAGUUGCUGACCAACCCAAGAACUUACAAUUAGGGUGAGCACCUCUACAGGCCUGGCUCAUUCCAAAAAAAAUUUAAAAAAUGUUGAACAUGGACGUUCCUUUCGCCUUUUCAAACAAAAAAAAAAUUGAAAAAUCCCCUCUCUCUUUCAAUGUUUUAUCAGUUUAUCCCCCAAAAUUAAAAAAAACUUCAAAGGUAUUAUAUAAAACAAAACAAAUGUUUACGACAUAAAUAAGCCGUCAACUUUUAGGAACGAAUUCAAGCUGGUCAGACGAAGAGAAAUGCAGAAAAUGCACGUCGCAAGUUCUCGUUGACAAACGGAGUAAAAAAGAAUAAAAGUAAGUGACAUAAAUCACCAAGCGCUUAAUUAAUGGAGUAAUUAUCAAAUGUUAAGAGAUUUGGAAUGUUUUAUCAAUAAAAUUCAAUUUUGCAAAAAUUGGAUUACUGUAUUUUGAGAUACAGUAAGGUUGAAAAGUAGUACUGUAAAAUAAUAAAUUUCAAAAACUAACAAUACUCGUCAUACAGACGCUCUUAUAACCUUACUUUAAAGUAAUUACAUCUACACCUAUACCUACACCUACCCCACCAAACCUCACAUAUAUUGACCUUCAAAUCAAAAAAUGUCUCUUUAUUUACCCAGAAACACAAAAAAAAAUAAAAAAAAACAGCUUAAUCAGCCCAUGAUUAAACACAAAAACACCCCCAAACCCUUAUUAUUUCAGACGCACCCGCCCAUGACCCCAAGCGCAGCUCACUGUCGAUGCGUCGCUGGAAGACCGAGAUCGUGUCGAAGCUCCAAGUCCAGCCCCAUUACUAUACGUAUGAUACGAGUAGAUGGUCGGCAUCGAGAUGA